AUGGAUAUGGAUGAGAUUUUAGAUUUUGGGGAGGAUGCUGUCACAGAUGUUGACUCAAAGCUGAAGAUCUUAAAAUUUGAUUAUAGUUGGGCUGAUGCCGUUGAAGAGCAUGAGAGGCUAAAGGAGACGCAAAAGCAGCAAGAAGAAAUGGAAAGAAUGCUAAAUAAAGAGAUUACAGGAGAAGAAACUGGAAACAAAAACAUUGACAAGAGCAGAGAAGAAACAGUUCUCAAUUUUGGAGAUGAACCGGUUAGAGAUUGGAGAACAAAGCUCCAGAUUUUAAAAUUCGACUACUCCUGGGCUGAGAGGGUAGAAGAGGAGGAGAAGAGAAGAAAUGAGGGAGCAAAUGUUGUAGAGCGGAGUUUUAACUUGGAGAAAAACCGACUUGAUCAGACUCGUAGAAGUAGACAGCAGAUACAUGCUGUCAAACCAACAUCAAAAGAACAAAAAAAUAAUGUGCAAAAAUAUAACAAGAAAGAACUUCCUAAUGAGGGACAACAGAAUAUAAAACUCGAGGUUGUCACGAAGGACGAGAAUUCAGAAGAACUGGAGUUAGCACAUGUUCAAGUUGUCACUGGAGGAAAGAAUUCAGAAAAGUUGGAGAUAGUACAUGCACAAGUUGUCACGGAGGAAAAACAUUCAGAAGAGCUGAUGUUAGCACCUGCACAAGUUGUCAUGAAGGAAAAACAUUCAGAAGAGCUGGCGUUAGCACCUGCACAGGUUGUCAUGGAGGAAAAACAUUCAGAGGAGCCGGAGUUAGCACCUGCACAAGUUAUCACAGAGGAAAGGCAUUCAGAAGAGCUGGAGUUAGCACAUGCACAAGUUGUCGCAGAGGAAAGACAUUCAGAAGAGCUGGAGUUAGCAAAUGCACAAGUUGUCACGGAGGAAAGACAUUCAGAAGAGCUGGAGUUAGCAAAUGCACAAGUUGUCACGGAGGAAAGACAUUCAGAAGAGCUGGAGUUAGCACAUGCACAAGUUGUCACGGAGGAAACACAUUCAGAAGAGCUGGAGUUAGCACCUGCACAAGUUGUCACGGAGGAAAAACAUUCAGAAGAGCUGGAGUUAGUACAUGCACAAGUUGUCAGAAAGGAAAAACAUUCAGGAGAGCUGGAGUUAACAGUAGAGCAAAGUCCUUCAGAUAUCACAGAUUCACUGAAAGCACCGACACAAACUACAGAGAAGAAGAUAGCAUAUUCAGAGAGUGAUGAAUUUCUUAAACAAGAUCACCCAGAAAAUGAGACUCUAUCCAGACAGGAAGCAGAGAAAAAUAAGGUGGCAGUUAAGCAGAAAGUUAUAGAAGAUCAGAAGGAAACAGAUCCAGAGAGUUGUGAGGGAGGAAGGAAACAGGAGAGUCCAGACAUCAGGAAGAUAACAGUUAUACAAGAGCUUCUGAAGGACAACAAAAGUAGUGAAGACAAUAGCGAUGAUGAUGAUGAUGAUGAUGAUGAUGAUGAUGGACUGUUUGGGCCUAGAAAACUCUUCUUAUUUAGUGUAGAUUAUUUUAAGGUCGACGAAAAAUUUGUCUGGUAA